AUGAACCAGUCCACCUUUGAAGUCACUUUGAUAUUCACAAGAUAUGGAUCAGCUCAGCCUCUAAAUGUUUUAUUUUUUACUUUUACCCUCAUGGUCUACAUCUUGUCAGUUUUUUCUAAUGCUUUUCUGAUGCUGGUCAUCUAUUUUGAUUCCAGCCUACACAAACCCAUGUAUAUUUUUCUGUUUAACUUGGCAGUAAAUGGACUGAUCGGAAGCUCUGCUGUCUGGCCAAAGAUUAUGGAAAACCUUCUCACAGACAGUCAAAUUGGGUCUUUUGCAGCUUGUCUAGUUCAGGUGUUUUUUGUUAAUUUCUAUGCAACUUCUGCAUAUACCACCUUAACAGCGAUGGCCUACGACCGGUAUGUCUCCAUUUGCAAGCCUUUGCAGUACCACACCAUCAUGACUCCCGGAAAAGUGAAAGCACUUUUGACUGUGGCCAACAUUGUCCCUUUCUUUUCUAUAUCUGUUCAAGUGUAUCUGACUUCUAGACUGCAACUGUGCAGGUUCACCAUUCACAAGCUGUUCUGUGACAACCUGGCACUUGUCAACCUCUCCUGUGUGAAAAGUGCUCUGGUUAAUCUGUAUGGCGUAUUUGUUACUAUAAGCUUAGUAGUUCUCCCUUGUAUUAUUGUGCUACUCUCAUAUGCAAAGAUCCUCACCGUCAGUCUGAAAGCCUCAAAAGAUGCACAAAAGAAAGCACUCAGCACAUGUUCUCCUCAUUUAAUCACCUUCAUUAAUUUUUCCCUGGCUAUUUUCUUCUCUGUGAUUUAUAACCGAAUAAAUGUUUACCUCCAAGGAGAUAUUAAUAUACUUAUGUCUGUACAUUUCAUCCUGACCCCUCCUCUCCUGAAUCCAAUCAUAUAUGGGAUCAGAACUAAGGAAAUCAGGAAAUGUGUUUUGAAAUUGUUGUGGAAAAGGAGAGACUUUUUACACUUGGGUUUCAGAUUCAAAAUGCAGCCAGCUAUUAUCCAUAGAGAUGUUUGA